UUAGUCAAGAUGUACGAACGGAACUCAUUCAAACCCUAAAUAACCCAAACCCAAACCCAAACCCAAACCCAAAAUCAGAUUACCAAUGCCCAAAUCCUAAAUUCCCAAUUAACAAACCCUAAAUCCGACGAAUUGAACAACCGCUUCCUGCCACUUUCGUUCAAUUUUGGGAAGGAAUUGAAGUGAAUAAAGAGUGAAAUGGGUCCAAUACGAGUGAAAUGCAGGUGCGGGGAAAAGAAUUGCAAAGAAUGGGCAAUCAUAGAAUUACAAGGUGUUAUUGAAGCUCAACCUCACCUCCAGAAUAAUCUCCAAAACCUCGAAAUCGGCCGUCUUUGCCGUCCUCCUUCUCAGGAGAUAUACACGUUUACAAUAGGAUACCACGAAUUAACAGGAUCAAAGAUUACACUGAAGAAGCCAUUUUUGGUGUUGAAGAAAGUGAAACAUUCUGAACCUGAUGGAGAUCAAAACAUAAGCUCCUCAAAAUCGUCGGUCAAUGUUGAAUUGGACGUGGUCGGAAUCAUUAGGCAGAAGAUUAUGUUCAAGACUCGGCCCAAAGCUCUCAUAACCAGCAGCAAGAAGCUAUGAAGCUAUGCAUAUAUAUUCGGGUGUUCGAGCACGAUAUUUUGGGUCAAGCUAUUUUCGGGUGUUAGGUAAUGUAUAUAUCUUGCCAAUCUGAAUAAUUUUAAUAUGAAUUUGGUUUUCAUGGGUCAAAUUUGAACAACUUUAUGCAUAGAUAAUGCAACUAUGUUAAGUGGUACCAAAUAUGAGGAUAGGUUCAUAUUGUUGAAAUGGGUUGCAGAUUGUGUAUUGAAAUGCAUCGUCUUCAAGGGAAUGUCUUUGGCUUGAUUUUAUUUUAUUUUUACACUCUUGCAUAUAUUACUUUACAGGAAGCCAUUCGGUUUACUUGAGUAUAUGUUGAAUUCAAAUCCAAUCUUAGAAAUCUACUAUCUUGAAUCUCUAAAUUUUAACUUUAAAUUAAUUUUGGUUUUGAUAGAUUAUAUAAUAUAUAGAUAGAAAUGGCUAUAGUUUGGUUCUAAAUAGUUCAAGUUUGAAUACGCCAUCAAUUUACUUAAAAAUAAAUUUUAAUUUCAAUUUGAAUUGCACGAUCGGUUCCGAUUCAAGCCCAUUGAGUUGUGAACAAGUAUUGAUUUGACUGAACUUUUUUCGAUUCGAGUCGAAUUAAGGAUCAGUUUAUGACCAGUUUAAGGUUUGAUUCGUUGCUGAAUAAUUUUGGUUAAUUUUAAAUUUUUUUUUGUAAACAUUAACCAUAUUGACC